AUGCAAACAAAUUGGGCAAUCCCGGUCCUGAGCGUCGUUCGAGGUUGGUCACGUUAUGCUACCCUAUACACGUACUCCUCUUCUACCAUCAUCUUCACUAUCAUGAGCAUCUUAAAUGCAUUCCUCGACUCAAUGUAUGGUAAAGAAGUCCCGAGGAAACGAACGAUAUCCCAAGUCGAUAACUUGGUUUCCACUUCAAUCCAAACCUUAGCUACUUCUCAGAAGCGACUCAAAAUCGCUCCCUCGCGACCUUUACCUUACAUCUUGACCGAACGAGAGAUGAGCUUGGCGGAUUUUCAAAAGGAGUUGAACUCGGACAAAGAGAAGUUAAAAAGAUCAAAUCUGGCAGUGCAGUCCAAUUCUUCAAUGGCUGAAGGCAAAGCUCCGAAAGAAACGCGGUUAUUGCACGAUGGCUAUCCGAAUCCCGCUGUGAAGAGUGAAAGUCCAAGUGGCCCUUUUUUCUUUACACCUUCUCUUCCAUCAUCUGCCAAUCCAUCACCGAUCACAUCAUUCGAAGAGGAGCCUGUUCACCACACUCCAUGGGUUCCCGUCACGGAUCCGACGCGCUCGAUCCCGAUAUUACAAGUAACUGAACCGGAUGAAGUCUCAGACGGGUGGAAAUAUCCAGAAUUCGUUGCGGUAAAGGAGGAAGACGUAGUCAGCCCUGGAACUCUUCUUCUACCUAGCCCUCACUCACCGGAAGUUGAGCACUGCUUUGGCAAUGGCAAUUCAUUCAAAGAUGAAGACUUUCGGAUUCUAUCUGAGUUAGAAGACUAUGGUGUUAUUGAUGCCUACUUUGAUUGA